AAGUCCAAAUUGGUUCCGAAAAACCCUAAAACGGUGGAGUUUGAGUUGAGUUGAGUUGAGUCGAGUUUCAUCAGGGUUUACUCUCUCUCUCUUUCUCUCACUCUAAAAAUCUAAUCAACAAUUCAAUACCUAUUGUUGACUCCUCUUUCUCUUUCUCUCUCUCGGCAAUGGCACUAGCAACGGAAUCUCACCUCCCAAUUCUCUCCUUCGUUGAUCUUCCCUCUCUCCUCCAAGCCGUGGCCGUCGACACUCUUGUUGCUGCCGCUCAAUCUCUCGCUCUCAUUGGAUAUCUGUUGACGAAUGUCCCUAGUUUGGUGUCUCCAAAUUUGACUGCUAUGGAUUCAAGGUUUCCUUUAGAACACCUUCUUGGGAAGAAACCUGCUUACUUAGAAAACAAGAGUGAUACGGAUGAUGAUGACGAGGAUGACGACGACGACGAUGAUGAUGUACAAGAUGAGGAUGACGACGGAGACGAGGAAGACUAUUCGGGUGAUGAAGACGAUGAAGAAGGGGAUCCCGAGGAUGAUCCUGAGGCUAACGGUGCAGGAGGAAGUGAUGAUGGGGAUGAUGAGGAUGGCGAUGAGGAAGAUGAUGAAGAAGAUGGUGAUGAUGAAGAGGACGAAGAGGAGGAAGAGGAAGAUGAGGAGACUCCCCAGCCACCAACUAAGAAGAGGAAGUGAGAAUUGUAUUGUAUUAGUAGGAAAUUGGUUCCAUAUUAUGGUCUGCAUUUGAGUUGAGCUUAGUGAUUAGGACUGAUAAAUUAGCAACCUUAGUGAGUGAACUUGCUUCGCUUUAUUUAUAUGUCAAUUAUGGAAAUUGUUAUAUUAAUGUUUCUCUUUGUUUCUACUUUAAGUUCUGUCCAGUUAUUAUCGUCA